AUGUGCUCUACGGAGUUCAAGUCAUCGCUCCCGCCAGCAGCCGCAGCCACGCAUCUUGUGGACGUCUACUUCCAGUAUCGUACACCUCAUUUCCCAGUCCUGGACCGAGCUGAGAUUCUUGCAUCUGUUCAGACGGCAUAUCGGGUAUUUAGCAACGAUCCUGCCACCAUCUCGAGGUCUUCGCGACGGGAUCUCUUUGUGACUUUCAUAUUUUUUGCUGUCAGCCUCUGUGGACUGCAGAUAGGUUCUGGGGGCCGGCCGGUUGAGAGUGAAGGCUGCUUUCAUUCUGCACUCCAAUACAUUGACUCAGCAAUUGGCAGUUCCGACAGCGACACCGAGACACUGGGAAAUAUCCUGUUACUGGCUCAGUACAUCUCACUGUCGCCGUCGAAGGGCAAUUUAUGGCUGCUGUCAGGAAUUGCUCUAAGAAUCUGCGUCAAUAUAGGGUUGCACUGGGAGACUGACGCUGCUCUCCAGUUGGAACCUGGGCAUCUGAAGAAGAGACGACGCCUGUUUUGGGCCACGUACAACCUGGAACGACUUCUGGGUGUUACGCUGGGUAGGCCAUUCAGUAUCGAAGAACAAAGCGUCAGCGUUGGAUACCCUGACGCGCCGUCCCCAGCUGACUUCCACUCUCAGCUGGUGGUCAAUCACUUGCUAAAGCUGUCAAGGUUAGAGUCUGAGAUCAAACACGUGCUUUAUCGUCAUCAGAAACGCGGCUCUCUCGCCUUCCCGAGCCCAGACAUUCCGCGAUGGAUGGAAGAUAUCCAACCUCGCCUGGAAGAGUGGCGGGCGUCGAUACCUCCCAUACGGGAUGUAUACCACGAGAGCAUCUAUGCCUUUUCCAGUUGGUGGGAUGCCACAUUUUACAACACCCUGAUGCUGCUGCACCGGCCCAAUCCGUCUAUCCCAGAACCGGGGCCCGACUCUCUUCGUAUCUGCUUUGAUGCAGCGAAGAAAUUGAUCGCAUGUGCGCAAAUUCUACAGAGGGAGCAUCAACUAGAAAUGGCAUGGAUAUGGGCGCAACGUCUCUUCGUCGCCGGACUGACCUUCAUCUAUACGGUCUGGAACUCGGUCGACCUGAGGCGCUCCAACCCACCUGAGGAGAUUGUCCACACAGCGCAAACUUGCUCGACAACCCUCGCUGUUCUCACAGGGCGAUUCCCAUCAGCAGCAGGAUGCCGCGAUGCACUUGAGACGCUUGUGUCUGCUACUGUGAAAGCCCUUUUCUCAUCACAACCCCAAGCCUUCACCGGCAGUACAGAGGGCGACACUUCGGAGAACAGUUCGGCAGGGAUGGCUAUCCUACAGCCAGACAUUAACCUCUCCAUGGAAAGCAUGUACUCUAUGCUCUCUGGCGAUAUGUUUGGCAUGGCACAAGGGGUAGCCUGGUCAGGCUUCUCUGACAACGCCUUAUUUGACUUUGCCGACCAACAACCAACAAAUACGGAAUGGUCCGUUUUUGACGAAGAUGGCCAGUCCUACAACGCAUUCAUGUAA